AUGGAGCUUGAGAUUAACUGUGAUAAGAACACUCGCAUAUGGAGACUUUUCCAACGACUCGACAGAUUGAGAAAAGAUGAAGAUCGUUGUGAUGUUUUAAUUGAGAUUGGAUCUGAUGAAAUCCUGGCUCAUAAGAAUGUGUUGUCUGCAAACUCGGAUUAUUUUGAUAAGAUGUUUGCGCAUGACACGAAGGAAAAACAAUCGGGAAUAUGUGAAAUGAAAGAAGUUGAUGCAUUUCGUGUUAAAAAAUGUGUUGACCACAUGUACAGCUGUGAAAUUGGGGCUCCAUUCGAAAACCUUGGUGAUUUAUUGCAUGUUGCCACAUUAUUGCAACUUGAUGAAGUUUAUAGCGGAAUCGUGGAACUUCUUGAAGUAAAUCUGAGUUCAGAAUCGCUAUUUGAAAUCAAGAAAAUUUCCAAAAUGUUCAAUUUGACAAAUCUUGAAGAAAUCUCAAAGGUUGCUGAUUUUGGUUUUCUUGAUAAACAGGAAAUUGUAAACAUGAUUAAAUCAAAAAAAUUGGAAGUUUCAGAAAAUGUGAAACUUAGUGCCGUAUUCAACUGGAUUAGAUUUGAUUCCAAAAGUCGUAAAAAGUUUGCAGACGAUCUGAUUGGAUUGGUUGAUUUAUCCAAACUAUCUCUUGGGUAUCGAAGACAUGUCAUCGCGAAUGGAGACAUUGUCAGAAAAAAAUGCUGA